AAUUCAUCCGCAUAUCAUAUCCUCGCACUUAUCGCCGUGAGUUUUGGAUUCAGAAUUUUUAUUUACCUGAAUUCAAAAGGUGAUAUUCUGCUUAGGAAAUACAAGUGGAGUUGGAUGCCAUUAUUAUCAAAGUACGAGAGAAACAUGGAUGAGUCGUUUUCUCUCUUUAAAAAUUUGUGAAUAAAGUUUGCACAGUAUUUGAUAAUCGUACUAAAAGAAAAGGGCAAAAAAAAAAAGCGUUUGUAAUUUUAACAAAGGGGGCAACAGUGUCAGCCUGGCGUGCCAAACACUGUAAACUCGUAUAUGGAGGUAGAGGAUUGACGGGCCGUACUGGACGAACUAAAAAGAAGUGAACCCACUGCACAAUUACAGCUGAAAUACAGUAAAGAAAUAGAAAAAAAAUACAGCUACUGGAAAAUUAAUAAUGGGUUAACACUUUUGGGAUUUGUUUACAUGUUUAUGUGAAAAUGGUCAUUUUGACUCAUGGUAUAAAAGUAUAGGGUGGAGAGAAAAGGGGUGGUGGUGCUGAUUCUAAAGGGAUAGAUGAGACUGUGGGAACAUUCUGAGCUUGGCCUUUUGGGAAAACACGGUGUUUCUGGGUGGCUAGCAAAGAUUAGUGACAACUCAUUCUUUUCAGGCCCCCCAUUGAGUUGUGAUUCCUUGUAAGGAGCAGAAGUUUUUGUUGAUCUGAAUGCCAUGAUUGACAGGGAAGUUUAACACCUUCUGUUUUAGGUCUUUUCAACUCCACUGAAGGAUGAUUUUACCGUCUGUCAGCCAAUUUUUCUGAAUUUUUGUUUCGGAUAUUCGAACCCCAUAAUAGCACUCUUUUCCGACUUCAUUUAGAGGUAUAAGUGGUUGAACUGUGGGUUGCUGAGAUAUUACAGAAAUAGUUGAAAGUCUGGAGUUGAGAAGAUCUUUUGGCAGCCAAGAUGAAAUUUAUGAAGCUUGGCUCUAAGCCUGAUCAGUUUGAGACUGAUGGGGACAAUAUCAGGUAUGUGGCGACCGAGUUGUCAACUGAUAUAAUCAUCAAUGUUGGGCAUGUAAAAUUCUAUCUGCACAAGUUUCCCAUAUUGUCCAAGAGUUCUCGCCUGCAGAAGCUCAUUGCUAGUACAAAUGAUGAAAGCAAUAAUACGAUUGACAUCCAUGAUAUACCCGGUGGACCUGCUGCCUUUGAAAUAUGUGCUAAAUUCUGUUAUGGGAUGGUAGUAACUCUCAACGCAUACAAUGUUGUUGCGGCACGUUGUGCGGCAGAGUAUCUUGAAAUGUACGAGACAGUUGAGAAAGGAAAUCUCAUAUACAAGAUUGAUGUCUUUUUAACCUCUAGCAUUUUCCGAAGCUGGAAGGAUUCUAUUAUUGUUCUUCAAACGACAAAAUCUAUGAUUCCAUGGUCAGAGGAAUUGAAGGUUGUCAACCACUGCAUAGAUUCUAUAGCUACUAAAGCUUCUAUUGAUCCUUCGAAAGUUGAGUGGUCAUACACUUAUAAUCGUAAAAAACUCCCCUCUGAGAAUGGAAACGAAUCACACUGGAAUGGUGUGAAAAAACAACAGAUGGUGCCGAAAGACUGGUGGGUAGAAGACCUCUGUGAGCUUCAAAUUGAUUUAUAUAAGCAGGUCAUAAUAGCAAUAAAAACAAAAGGGAGAAUGUCUGCAGACGUCAUAGGAGAAUCUCUGAAAGCAUAUGCUUUAAGAAGGCUGCCAGUUUUCAUUAAGGGUACGGUACAAGUAGAUGAUGUUGCAAAAUACAGGUACUUGGUUGAUACCAUAAGUUUGCUAUUGCCCUCAGAGAAAUAUAGCGUUUCAUGUAGUUUCUUGCUCAAGUUAUUACAAGCAUCUAUAACGUUAGAAUGUGGAGAGACAAGGAGAAAAGAAAUCAUGCGAAGGAUUGCAGAACAGUUGGACGAGGUCACGGUCGGUGAUCUUUUGUUUCAUUCUCCAACGGGUGAAACAGCACUGUAUAACAUAGAUAUAAUACAUGACUUGGUCGAGCAGUUUGUGAUGCAAAACCACAGUUCUCGGAUUGACAGUCCUGGUGGUAAUGAAUUUCAAGAGGUGUGUACUAAAUUUACUUCAGACGAUCCCAGGAUUAAGGUGGCCAGAUUGGUUGAUGACUAUCUUGCUCAAGCUGCAAGAGAUUCCAGUUUACCUUUGUCAAAAUUUGUGGAUCUAGUUGAACUUGUUUCUGGCUUUCCAAGACCAACCCAUGAUAGUAUUUACCGUGCUAUUGACGUGUUCUUCAAGGAACAUCCUAGUCUGACCAAGAGUGAGAAGAAGAGGAUUUGCAGGUUUAUGGAUUGCAAGAAGCUCUCUGCUGAAGCCUGCACCCAUGCCGUACAAAACGAGAGGCUCCCAUUACGGGUGGUUGUACAGGUUCUUUUCUUCGAGCAAGCCCGAGCAACAUCAUCCUCCGGCGGUUGUAGCACAUCCGACCUACACGAUUCCAUCAGAACCUUACUCCCGGGUGGGUCCCAUGGGAGUUCCAGGUCAGCAACGACCAACACAGAUGAGGAUUGGGAUACUGUCCAAAGCAGUGAGGAACUCAAGCCUUCGAAGGGGGAACUCACUUCGCUAAGGUUGGGGAGCAAAGUAGCUGGCAAUGACAAUAGCACGAAUGAUGCAAAAUCAAACACAGAAAAAGUUGCUACCAAUAAAGUAAAGAAGAUCUUCUCGAAACUCUGGUCUAACAAAGAUCGUGAAGGCGAGAUCAGCAACUCGGAUACAUCUGAGAGCCCAGCUACUACAAAUGCAGAGGAGAAUAGGUCCAUCUCUUCGAGAAGGAGGAGGCAUUCCUUAUCUUAAACUUAUUGCUUAGAGGAAGCAUGGAGAGAAUGUAGGAUUGUCCACUCAAUUUAUGACUUGUUAGUUAUUUAUGUCAUAAUUCUCUAUUUUUCUUACCCUUUCAAACCAGUCACUCGAAUGAUUUGACGAUUCGUGUCCUUGAUGUUGGAAUUUAAGGGUAAAUUUGUUACAUUUCGCAAA